AUGCCUUUUGAUCCCAUCUGCUGUUCUGCUAUUUUUCCUGGGGCAAAACCUUCCCAAGAGAAUGAAAUGCUAUCGGGUCUUCUAAUGCGUUCUCAUUCGCAAUUAACCCCCUCACUUGGUGAGCAGCAGGCUAUCGCAACUUUGGUAGCAAAGACCGUAGAAUAUCUGGAAUCGAUUGCUCUUGAGAGAGGGCAUCCUCAAAUCGGACAAAUGGAAGAAGUCCGGGUGGUUGGCUCCUUCAAAGAAGGUACGAUUUUGGCAGGACAUUGCUUGGCAGAUGUUGUCGUUCUGCUUCGCGACUUACCCACUUUCGAUGUGGCUAGGAACAUUAGCCUUCUGCUAAAGCAAAAAUUUUUGGUCAAUGAGGUCGAGGAAACUGAGGAGCCUCUUGAGAUUCUUCAUCAGCCCUAUGGUUUCGACCUUGAGUACCUCGGAGUCUGCAUUCGCGUGGCGUUUGCUAUACAGAAUUUUAACGCAAUAAGAAAUACAGACACUGGAAUUCAUAGUAGGCUUGUUUUUAGAUAA